AUGGAGUCAGCAGAGUGGCGUGAAACCGUUUUUGUGAUUGGUAAAAGAACAAAUGCUGGAACAUUUGACAAUGGGAAUUGCAAAGUGUUUGAUAAAAAUGGAUAUCACUGGAUUGUUGAUCAACAGUUUUACAAAAAAUUAGAACUACCCGAAGAUCCAUGUAAAUGGAAUCAGACGCAUGUAUGUACUUGGAUGAAAUGGGCUAAAAUUGAAUACAACUUACCUAAUUUAAAUAUUACUGAAUCAACAAUAAAUGGGAAACAGUUAACUUCUGACAAUUUUUGUUGGAAUAUUACUGGUUUAGAAGAUAAGUCUACAAAAGAUGAUUUUUGGACACAUGUUUGUCUACUCAAAACUAUGCACAAAGUAUACAUUAAACAAAAUGAUGAAGGAUGUAUCAAUAUACGUACACUUCUGAACUAUAAAAAUAAAAUGUAUUCAAACUCGGAUUUUAAUCAUGAUGUGGAAAUUUGGCAAUUUUUACUAAAUUUAUUAACCGAUAGUGAAUAUCAAAAUGUGAUUGAAUGGACUGAUAAUGAAGGAACAUUCAAAAUUAUAAAACCAAGUACUGUUAGUAUCAUGUGGGGUUUGGUUAAAAAUAACUGGAGGAUGGAUUAUAAUAAAAUGGCUUCAGCAUUAAGAUACCAUUAUGGAAAAGGUAUUAUAGAACGAGCUAAAGGAAAACAUGUUUAUAAGUUUGCUGGUGAUAUAAAAACUUUGAUUGGUCAUAGUCCUAUGGAUAUAAAGAGUAUGUUUCAACAAGCAUCUAAUUAA